GCGGGAGAAAAUUCAAACAAAGUGACGGAGUCAAAUUACCAGUGAAUCGCAGAUGUAAAAAAAAAGGAAUCAAUAAAAAUGGGGAUGGGAAGUCGAAAUCUUUCAGAAAACCAAGCAACCUUUUAUCCACCGUCAUUGACGCCAAUCUUUAUGGGUGCUCCUCCGCCCCCAAAAGCUGAAGGUCCCACGUACGAAGGAGGGACAAUAAGCUACUUUCAAAACUACCGAAAUGAGACGCUUUCCAGAUUUAUGAUGCCACCUCACGAAUGGGGUUCGCUGAGCACACCUUACAGUCCUAGGCCCGAUUCAGCGACUGCGGCAAAGGUCCGCGAUUAUAACAAGGCGUUAUCGGUACCACGAAAUAAUAUCACUACGAUUGAUGCAGGCCGUAUGCGGGAGAUAGAUGACCUGUACAAGGGUGUUCAAAUGCAUCGGCAACAGUACAAGGACCGUACCGGAUCGCUACAUCCUCUGACCUUCUUCAAGGCUGAUGAGUACGCCUUCCAGUGUUCACCAGAACUCGUACCCUCUUAUCUUUUCAAGUAUCCAGAAUCUUAUACUGAAUACAAGCGACCCCCCGUAGUGCCAUUGACUUACGAGAGGAUAUCCAAAACCCCUUAUAUGCCAGAUCUAGCCUUCCCUGGAAUAUAUUCUUCUGACAAUUGCAUUGCUUACAAACGAUGAUCAUUUAUGCGUAUCGACGACGAAAAGAAUUCACAUAUUCUUAAUUAAAACUCAAUUUCAUUUAAUAAGUUGUCUUCCUACUCACAAUAGCGACAUAAUCAUUUACUCGACAUCACUUUCAUCAUUGCAGCCCUUAGAAUAUACUUGAUUCAGUGAUGGAUAAUAAUAAUAAUAAUUACCACAACAGCAACAACAACAACGAUAAUU